AUGGAGAGCGAAUGCGAUAUUUUUCAACGCCGUCCUCUUGCCAAUGUGACCAACUCAAGCUUGGGACACAAACGAAGGCUGAGCCUCGGGAAGCGACGGACGGAGACUGCAUCGUCUCCGAACAGUGGCACAGCGUCAGCUUCUCCUUGCCAGCCUCCUCAUGCAUGUGGACAGAACAGCUCAAGCAUUGGUUCACCGUGCGAUGUCCGGAAGCAUGAUGAUUUCAGGCUGGAUUCGUCAUGGACCUGCUUCAUCUGCAAUCAGAGCUGGGAGGAUAUAUCCUUAGAAGAUCGCAAUCAGCACGUCAACAACUGUAUUGAUGCUCCCUCCUUGCCCAGUCCAGGGGAUCUCAACCAGCUCUCUCCUCCCGUGAACCCCCCAGCAUCUCCAGAACAAGAGGAGACCCAAGCAAGUGUCAAGAAGCAGCGAACAGUGAGCGCAAUGUUGCAUGAAGAGCCAGGGGUCGGGUUUGAAUCUCCUGUCCGACGAAUGGGGCAGGGGCAGGGGCAGGGGCAGGGGCAGGGGCAGGGGCAGGGGCAGGGGCAGGGGCAGGGCGAGGGCGGGGCAGGGGCAGGGGCAGGGGCAGGGGCAGGGGCAGGGGCAGGAGCAGGAGCAGGGGCAGGGGCAGGGGCAGGGGCAGGGGCAGGGGCAGGGGCAGGGGCAGGACGGAGAACUUCGUAA